AUGGCCUCGUCGGCGACGGCCUCGCUCCGCGGCCUCGUCCGGUCGUCGUCGUCGGCGGCGGCGGCGGCGGCGGCGGCGGCGUCCUCGUCCAUGCCCGUCGCGCCUCGCCUCCAUCCCGCCUUCUCCCUCCCGCGAGCCUCCUUCUCGACCAGCCACCCCGUCGCCGCCGCGCCGCCUCCCACCAUCCGCAGCCGGCGGGACCUGCCCCACAAGGUGAAGAAGACGUUCAAGAAGAGGGCCGUGGCCGUGGCCGUCAAGAAGCCCGGCCCGGGGGAGCGCAAGGCCUUCCGCAAGCGCAUCCAGCUCAGCAACAACAACGCCCUCCCCGUCCAGGGCCUCGAGGACAUGGGCCCGGACACCCUGGCCCGGCCCGAGAGCAGGGGCAGCAUGGUGGCCGUCCCGGACAGGGUGGUGGACCAGCUGAGAGCCCUCGAGGCAUUCAAGACGACGCAGACGUGGAGCCUGUUCAGACGGCCGCACUUCCUGGUGAGGGACGAGACGGUCCGGCUGGUGGGCCGGAUGCAGGCUUCGCUGGACGCCAAGGACUCGCUCAAGUGCGUGCUUACCGGCAGCAAGUUGUCGGGGAAAAGCCUGGUGAUGCUGCAGGCCAUGGCGCACGCUCUGAUCAACGGCUGGGUUGUUGUGCACAUUCCCGAAGGCCAGGACCUUAGCAACGGAAACACCGAGUACGCGGCCAUCGAGGGCACCGCGCCCCCGCAGUUCUCCCAGCCCGUCUACUGCCUCAGGCUCCUCCAAAACAUCCACAAGGCCAACCAAGCGGUUCUCGCAACGCUUCCCCUGAGGCAGGACUGGUCCCGCCUGGCCGCGCACCUCCACAGGAACGCCACCCUGGCCGACCUCGUCCUCAGCGCCAAGGAAAGCGAGUACGCCUGGCCUACCCUCCACGCCCUGUGGACCGAGCUCACCCAGCCUGGCCAGCCCCCCGUUCUGCUCGCCCUCGAUGGCCUCGCGCACGUGAACAAGGUCAGCGCGUACCGCGACCCCCUGUUCAACCCCGUGCACUCCCACCAGCUCUCGCUCGUCCGCCUCUUCGUGGACGCGCUCUCGGGCAAGACCAGGCUGCCCAACGGUGGCGCCGUGGUCGCCGCCACGUCCGAGAACAACACCCACCGCCACCCGUCGCAGGAACUGGUCCUGUCGCAGCUGGAGGCUGGCCAGGCCGGUCGCCAAGUCCCCCAGCCAGACCCCUAUGAGCGCAACUACGACGAGCGCGUCUACAGCGCCCUCAAAAACAGCCACGUCAUCAGAGUCGGCGGCGUGUCCAAGGACGAGGGCAGGGUUCUUAUGGAAUACUGGGCUUCGAGCGGGAUGCUGCGUAGCGUUCUAGACUCUAGAGUCGUGGCGGAGAAGUGGGCGCUUGGCGGUCAUGGCAUUGUCGGGGAGAUGGAAAGAGCCGCGUUGAUGACCAUGAGGAUCUAG